GAGCUGGUUGCCAAGGGAGCCCUGCAGACCCGCCCCCUAGGUGGCGGAGAGCAGAGCCCCGCUGCAGAGGAGGCCCGGCUGCUCCUCCCCAUCACGCUGGCCCUCCAUGGAAGCCUUGGUCUGUGCGUUCUCUGAGCUGCGCAUAAGAGAAGAUGCAGUGAGCUGGGCCCAAGGAUAUACCAGUCACCCCGACACACCACCCAACAUCUACGAGGGGGGGCUGGGGGCCCAGCAGCAGCAGUGCCCCAAUGCCCAGGGAAGCAAGCCCAAGAAUUUCCGCCUGCGCCACCUCCGGGGCCUGGCUCUCUACCUGCCGGGCCACCUGCAGCCUGCCAGCCAGUGUGAGAGUCACUGGCUGGGUCGGCUCCUGGCCGGUGGCUGCCUGCCACAGCCCGAGGGCCUGGUCUGGCCCCUGAACUUAGCACAGGGGACUCUGGGCCGAGGUAACAGCCACCACUCAACCCUUUUGGAAGCUCAACUGCCCAGGGACAGCCGGGGAAAUACAGCUUCCAGCUCCAGCAUGGACUCAGCCAAGGGUGCCCCCUUGCAGUCUGGUCACCCUGAAGGCUUAGGGCUCAGGCCUAAGAGAUCCUGGGGGGCCCCAGAGGAGACCACAUGUCCCUUGUGCAAGAGAACCUGCUCUGGGGGCCUGGAGGGGCCGUAGGGAUCCAAGUGCCAGAGCUGGUUCUCCCAGCUCAGGACAGGAGGGGAGAGGGUGGCCCCAGGAGCAGGAGGAGACAGGUCUGGGGCGGGGGGGAAGGGCUCAGCCCCCAUCAGUAGCACCCCGACACCGAGACACCUGGGCAGCUACCCAGCACCAGAGCCUGAGCCAGCCUUGGGAAAGCUUGAGGGUGGAGGGAGGAGGAGGAGGUCCCGCGAGAGGGACAGAGAAAAAGAAAGAAGCCGGGGCAUGCCCCUGCAGCCUGCUUCAACUCACAUCAGCCACGGGUACCGGGGAGGCCGGAUGGAGUGGAGAGCUGGGCUCCCGAGGGGCCGGGGAACCUACAGGUCUAAUGUCAAUAAAAGCCAAGGCCUGCGCUUCA